AUGCACCCCCUCGACGGCACCACUUCCAGCAAACCCACCACCACCACCACUACCACCCCAAAACCCAAACCCCAUAAACGUAUCUCAGCCCUGAAAUGCAUCUUCCUCCGCAAGCCACGCGCAUCCACACCCGCAUCCACACCCGCAUCCGCACGCACACCACCAAACUCGACCUUCGCCUGCUGCCCCCCAGACGAUGACCCACCAGCGCCAAUGCGCAUCCUCUCCCCGCGCGCAACACAGAGCGAGCCACUAGCUCGAGCUCCAACACGGCAUUCGCUUUCGUUCCACCGGCAGUCGAAGACUGGCGGCACGGGUAGUGGGCUAAUGGCGGCAGUGGCUGUGGGCCAGGAGCUGGAGAGUAAGGGCGCGGUGAUGCAGAUGGGGAGGGAGGGCGUACUGCCGCUACCGCUGCCGCUGACGUCGGUGAUGGCGGUGGGGACGCCGGCGAGUCCGACGAGGGAGGCGGCGCUUGGUAGUCAUCCUGUUGUGAGAGGUGGAGAGGGAGAGGGGGAUGAAGAGGGGGAGUCGGUGUAUCAGACGCCUGUUGAGGAGAUGGAGAAUGGAGAUGGGUAUUUUGGGGGCAAGUGA